AACCUAAUCUCAACCUUAUAUGUUGUCAUGAGCAACUCAUGCUCUCAAACUCUCAAAACCUUUCAAAUACAAAACUCUUCCAAGCCAAGUACUUCUAGCUAGUUGUAAAAUCAACACAUAACAUUUCCUUACCUUACUUUACCUUUUCAUCUUUGAUACUAAAUUCUCAUAUUCAAAACAACAUUUCAUGCAUGGAGAAGAGAAACCUACUAAAAGAUGAAACUUUUCUCCAACACCCUUAUAUUCUUGCUCUUGUUCUAGUUUUGAGCUUUGUUGUUAUGGACCCAUUUCAAAUGGGCCCAGUAUCAGAACAUCAAUUCAGACCCGUGAAACAUGACAUCGCACCUUACCAAAAAGUCAUGAAGAGUUGGCCUAGAGACAACAUGAGUAGAUUGGGACUUCAUGGAAAAUUAGAAUUUGAAAAUCAAGUAUUUGGGCCGGAGUCACUUGAGUUUGAUAACAUGGGCCGUGGGCCUUACACUGGUUUAGCUGAUGGUCGCAUUGUUAGGUGGAUGGGGGAAGAGCUUGGUUGGGAAACAUUCGCAGUUGUCACAUCUAAUUGGACUGAAAAGCUUUGCAUGAGGGGAAAUGAUUCAACCACUUCGAAGCAAUGGAAGCAUGAGAAAACGUGUGGACGUCCACUUGGAUUAAGAUUUGACAAAGAGAAUGGAGAUCUAUACAUAGCAGAUGCAUAUUAUGGGCUUCUUAUGGUUGGACCAAAUGGGGGACUAGCUACAUCAUUGGCAACUCAUAUUGAAGGAAAACCUAUUCUCUUUGCAAAUGACCUUGACAUUCACAACAAUGGUUCCAUAUUCUUCACAGAUACUAGCAAAAGAUACAACCGAGUUGCACACUUUUUUAUAUUAUUGGAAGGAGAAGCAACAGGUAGGCUCCUUAGAUAUGAUCCUCCAACAAAAACAACUCAUGUUGUCUUGGAUGGUCUUGCUUUUCCCAAUGGUGUGCAGUUUUCUAAAGAUCAAUCAUUCCUCCUAUUUACUGAAACCACCAAUUGCAGGCUAAUGAAGCUUUGGAUAGAAGGUCCUAAAAGAGGAAGCGUGGAACAUGUAGCUGAUCUUCCAGGGUUUCCAGACAACGUAAGGAUAAACGAAAAAGGACAAUUUUGGGUGGCAAUAGAUUGUUGUCGGACUUCAGCUCAAGAGGUUUUGAGCAACAAUCCAUGGUUGAGGAGUAUAUAUUUCCGCUUGCCUAUAAAGAUGAGCUUGUUGGCUAGAGUUAUGGGGAUGAAAAUGUAUACUGUGAUUUCACGUUUGGAUGAUAAAGGAAAUGUUCUUGAAGUGCUUGAAGACAGAGAAGGUCAAGUCAUGAAGUUGGUGAGUGAAGUCAAAGAGGUCAAAGGGAAGCUUUGGAUUGGAACUGUAGCUCAUAACCAUAUCUCCACCUUAACUUACCCUUAACAACAUUCUAUUUGCCUUGUAUCAUGGAUUAUGAUUUUCCUCUUGCUAAAAUUAAAUUAAAUGGUAGAAUUGCUUAAUCUCU